AUGCAGAUUGAAGUUGAUGAUACAAGUAACAGAUGUCUGAUUGUUAAUGUCAAUAAGAUGACAUCACUUGCUAUUUUGGGGAUCACUCCAUUUUUGGAUUUCGCAGACCUAUCAAUGUUCAUCAAGAAAAUCUCCAUUUACUUGCUCAUUGGUGUCAUGUUUUAUUUUUCACGUAUCAUCAAGAAAGAUAUCAACAUCAAGCAUAAUUCUGACCUUUCUGUACGUGAUACAACAUUUAAUGAAAUUCUUGCCAAUUGCGAUGCCAAAUUUAAUGCUGAACUCAUCUCACGUGAUGAAAACUUUACAGCAGAGAUCCAAAGAAUCUUGACAAUACUUAAUACUUCUACUAUGAGACUUGAUGAGAUCGAACAAGUUCUUCAAAACUACCAUAAUAAUUUUGGCAGAGUCGUAACUGAAUUUGAAUCAAUCAAUGCCUCUAUCGUAACUCUUCAAAGUCAAGCUUCAAAUUAUUCCACAGGUCAAGCUUCAAAUCAUUCCUCUGCAAGCUCGGGACAAUUAACAUUCACGGAUAUCAGUUUGACCGUCUGGAAUCAAUUUAAGCAAAUUUUUGAUCGGAUCAUGACCGAAAAUAAUUAUACUUUGGAGGAGAUAUGUCUUUCUGUAGCUAUGGACAUUUGUUCAUUGGGAGGAAAUAUUAAGAAGGUGACAGUACAAGGGUUUUAUGAGAGAAAUAUUAAAAAGAAGAAUAGUUAUAUUAGUACUUUAGAUCAAAUUGGUUUAUGGAUCGUGGGAAUUGUAUUUCAAAAAUCUUAUAUAGUAAAACAAUAUGACGCAGGGACUCGCAUUAAAUGGUCUAGGAUCCACGUACUCCCUCCCUUGAAAGCAUGUCAUAUUACUCUUAAAAUUAGGCUUUGA